GGCGGCUCCCUGGUAAAAGAAGCCCUCGCCCGCAGCGUCGACCCGGACCCGCAAGCCCGCGUCCGCUGGGAACGCAAGAUCGCCAUCCGCCAGGUGAAAAACGGCACCGACGCCUACAGCCUCGAGCCGCGGCUCGCCCGCAUCGCGAGGACGGAGCGCAGCCUCCAUUCCAAGUCCCCCUGGCUGCCCACCUCUGUCAAGAAGCUUGUCCACCUGGCCAGGCAGAUCCAGGGGAAGAACGUGGAGGAUGCGCUGGUGCAGAUGAAGUUUUCCAAGAAGAAGAUGGCUGCCGAGGUGACCACCCAGCUCAAGAUGGCGCGCGAUUUGGCCAUUGCCGAGAGGGGGAUGGGUCUGGGACAGGGACAGGAGGGCAAGAUGGAGAUUCAGAGAAAGGACGGCAAGUGGAUGACGGUGGGGGAUCGGUCAAAGAUGUAUGUUGCCGAGGCGUGGGUCAACAAGGGCCCCGUGAGGGCCAAGAACCCGGAUUAUCGGGCCAGGGGGAGGAUGUUUUUGAAGGAGUCGCCUUCUACCAGUCUCAGUGUCGUUCUCAAGGAACACAAGACGCUCGUGCGGGAGCACCAGGAGAGGGAGCACAGGAGGAAAAAGCAAGGGCCUUGGGUUCACCUGCCUGACAGGCCGAUUACCGCCCAGAGGGCGCAUUACUCUUGGUAA